CGCCCGCGCUUCUUACAUAAAAGACACGCAACGUACUCUCUGGUUUUCCUCAAUCUCUUCGAUAUCCAUAUUUCAUUCUCUCUUUCGUUAGUCUCUCUCUUAAAAAACCAGAGAGAGGGAGAAACUCUUAAUAGCGAUGGCGCUCUCGGCUUCAGACCUCUCAACCCUUUACACGCUCCUCAUAAAUGCGCUCAGUGCCGACCAGAACAUUCGCAUGCCUGCUGAGGUCGCUCUCUCUCAGUGCGAAGGCAAACCUGGCUUUUGUUCAUGUCUCCUUGAAAUUAUUGGUUCAAAGGAUCUGGCAUCUCAGACAUAUACUCGUCUUUUGGCCACUGUGUAUUUUAAGAACAGCAUAAAUCGUUAUUGGAGGCACCGGAGUGACUCCUCAGGCAUCAGCAAUGAUGAGAAAGUAUAUUUGCGGAGGAAAUUGCUAGAACACUUAAGGGAGGAAAAUUAUCAGAUUGCAGUUCAGAUAGCUGUUCACAUAUCAAAAAUUGCUCGAAUAGACUACCCGAAAGAAUGGCCAGAUCUCUUUUCUCUUCUAGCGCAACAACUUCCAUCUGCAGAUACUCUCACUUCGCAUAGGGUUUACAUGGUUCUCUUCCGAACCUUGAAAGAACUAUCAACAAAACGUCUUGGUGUUGACCAAAGGAAUUUUGCAGAGAUAUCCUCACAUUUUUUCGGAUAUACCUGGAACCUUUGGCAAGGUGAUAUUCACACAAUAUUGCAGCAAUUUUCUUUGUUGAUCCAAUAUCCUGUUGGAGAUAAAUCGGCUGAACUUCAGGAUGGUCUGCAUCUAAUUUGUGAGAGAUGGUUACUUUGUUUGAAAAUAAUUAGUCACAUGGUUGUUUCUGGAUUUCCAAGAGAUUCUAAAUCCAUGCAGGAGGUUCAGCCUGUGAAGGAAGUUUGCCCUGCCCUGUUGAAGGCCAUUCAAUCCUUUCUUCCAUAUUUUUCAUCCUUCCAGGAAAGCAGUCAAGAAUUCUUUGACUUCACAAAGAGGGCAUGUUCAAAGUUAAUCAAGGUUUUAGUUUCAAUACAGGGCACUCAUCCUUACUCAUUUGGUGAUAGAAGUGUUUUGGCACCUGUAUUGGAUUUCUGCUUGAAUAAAAUCACAAAUCCUGAGCCCCAUAUACUCUCCUUUACUGUUUUCUUGAUUCAAUGUAUGGUUUUGGUGAAGUCCAUAUUGGAAUGUAAAGACUACAGACAAAAGCUUGUUGGCCAUGUGAUCAAUGAAAAUGUAAUUACCUUGGAGCAUGCCAGGAAGAGUAUUGUCAAAGCUGUGGAGGAGGUUAUUAGUUCUGUGAUGCCUGCUGAGCGCAUCAUAUUGUUAUGUAAUAUCUUGAUAAGAAGGUAUUUUGUUUUCACGGCAAGUGAUUUAGAUGAGUGGUACCGGGAGCCUGAAGAAUUCCAUCAUGAACAGGAUAUGGUCACGUGGACAGAAAAAUUGCGACCAUGUGCUGAGGCUUUAUACAUUACGCUGUUUGAGAAUUAUAAACAUCUUCUAUGUCCUGUUGUGCUUUCAAUUCUUCAAGAAGCAAUGAACAGUUGUCCGGCAGUGGAAACACAAAUAACAUCUGCUAUGCUCCUUAAGGAAGCCGCUUAUAAUUCGGUUGGAUAUGUACACUAUGAUUUGUCUGGUCACUUGAGUUUCAAAGACUGGUUUGAUGGAGCUCUAUCUCUUGAGCUUUCUAAUGACCAUCCUAAUCGACGGAUUAUCCAUCGGCGAGUUGCACUGAUAUUGGGGCAAUGGGUUUCUGAGAUCAAAGGUGAUAUUAGAAGAUCAGUGUAUGGCGCUGUGGUCAGAUUGCUCCAGGACAGUGAUCUGGCAGUUAGGCUUUCAGCAGCUCGAUCUUUGUUCUAUCUUAUUGAGGAUGCCAAUUUUUCAGAACAGGACUUUGCUGACUUCCUCCCUACUUGUUUGGAGCUAUGUUUUAAAUUAAUUGAAGAAGUCCAGGAGUUUGAUUCAAAGGUCCAAGUUCUAAAUCUCAUCUCCAUAAUGAUUGAACGUCUGGGAGGACAAAUCAUACAAUUUGCUAACAAACUGGUUGGAUUUUUUGAGAGGGUAUGGGAGGAAUCUUCUGGUGAAAGUCUGCUACAGAUCCAAGUUCUUCUUGCCCUAAGAAAUUUUGUAGUCGCGCUUGGUCCGCAGUCACCUAUGUGCUAUUCUAUACUAUUUCCUAUCUUGCAACGGGGCAUCGAUAUAAACAACCCAGACGAGCUAAAUCUCUUGGAAGAUAGUAUUGUCCUUUGGGAAGCCACACUCUCGCAUGCCCCUUCGAUGGUGCCAGAACUAUUAAAAUUUUUCCCCCAUCUAUUUUCAAUUAUGGAGAGAAAUUUUGAUCAUUUACAGGUUGGCCUUAAUAUUAUUGAGUGCUACAUCAUUUUAGGUGGGUCUGAUUUCCUAAACCAACAUGCUUCAAUCUUGGCUAAACUCCUUGAUGGUAUUGUUGGAAAUGUGAAUGACAAAGGACUGCUUUCAACACUACCUAUCAUUGAACUUCUUGUCCAGUGCUUUCCAAGGGAUGCAUCACCUCUAAUUGAUAGAGUUCUCCAGAAAAUGGUUGUAAUAUGUUUGAGUGGAGGGGAGGAUCAGGAUCCUUCUAAAACAGCAAUACGAGCACAUUCAGGAGCCAUUCUAGCGAGGCUUGUUGUAUUGAACACCAGCUACUUUGCACACUUGAUUUCAGAAGCGUCUCUUUUGGUGAUGCUUCAGCAAGGAGGGGUUAAAGUUGAGCGAAGUAUACUUCUUUACUUAGUCGAUGUGUGGCUUGAUAAGGUUGAUAAUGUGGCAAUUCUUCAAAAGAAGACAUAUGCAUUGGCCCUUUCUAUUCUUUUAACUUUGAGAGAACCUCAACUUCUUGACAAAGUUGAUUUGAUACUUAGUUUAUGUGCAAGCGUUAUUGCCGGUGGGACUGAAGAAAAUGGCAAAGAUGACUCCAGUUCUGAUGAGACAAAUUCUUCUGGGUUUCACAUGGAAGGCAACUCAUUCAUGGGUGCUACAACAAAAGAGUUAAGAAGAAGACAAAUCAAGUGUUCAGACCCAAUCAAGCAGCUAUCUCUAGAGAACAUACUCAGAGAGAACCUUCAAGCGUGUGCUGCUCUUCAUGGUGAUGCUUCAUUCAAUGAAGCCGUUGGCAGGCUCCAUCCUACAGUACUUGCACAGUUGCGACAAGCAUUAAAGAUUGGAUAAAAAUAGAUUUCUUUGUAGUUGUUGGGUUUUUCUUGCCACCCACCCUAUUUUUUCUCCCUGUAUUUGUUUUUCUGGGGAAGGGAAAAGAUUGGUAAUCAGCGUUGAUACAAGGUACCAUACAAGCUGGCUGCUUAAGCUUGUAAUUUCCAUACAAAUAUAAGCAUUCGCAGCUGAAUUGGGUGAUUGGCUUCGUGUGUGCUUGCUUCGGCGUGGGAAUUCACAGAUAGGGAUUUACAGCUUAUCGGGCUCUGAUGUGUCUACUGGCAAACUGGUCAUUUGUGCAAGGAGUGGUGUUCUUUCGAGAGGUGAGGUUGUAUUCAAUGGCAAUUUGGUAAAAAGGUAUUUGUUGGACUCGAAAUUCAAAUUUUACUCCUUAUGUGCAUUGUUAUUUUAUGUGCAAUUCUUUAUUUCAAUUUGCAAUGGAUUUUUUUACUUGAAGAAAUGGAUGCACAAAAACUCACCAUUUUGAAGGUUGGAAUUUGAAAAAUUAGUUUAUGGGAACUUUCUUCAUGCACAACUAUAUAUUAUGGUUGUUGUGUGUGCGCAUGUGUGCAUAUGUACGUGGGUGCAUGUAUGUGGACAUACCUUCUGAUGUAACAUCCUCGUCCUGCUUGAGCAUAUUUUUUACUUCAAA